AUUGCCACCGCCACUGCUAGCAAUCUCUCCGCCAUGGCUUUAUCAAUGGAAAACGAAGCCACCGCCACCGAGGCUCGAUUUGCGCCCGUCACUCGCGAGCGAAGGGUCCGCAACGACCUCGAAACCACAAUCCCCAAGCCAUAUUUGGCGAGGGCGUUGGUGGCGCCGGACACCAGCCACCCGACAGGGACGGUGGGGCAUAAUCACUAUGGAAUGACAGUUCUUCAGCAGCAUGUCGCCUUCUUCGACCAAGAUGAUAAUGGCGUCGUUUACCCUUGGGAGACUUACGUUGGGCUAAGAGCGAUUGGAUUCAACAUGUUAGCGUCCCUAAUUAUGGCAAUUAUUAUAAAUAUGGCCAUGAGCUACCGUACUCAACAAGGAUGGAUCCCAUCACCCUUUCUCCCGAUCUACAUUUACAACAUUCACAGAGACAAGCAUGGGAGCGACACUGGAACCUACGACACUGAGGGACGGUACGUGGCGGCGAAUUUCGAGAACAUUUUCAGUAAGUUCGCUAGAACACAGCCAGACAAGCUGUCCCUUGGUGAGCUAUGGGACAUGACUGAAGCCAACCGUCUAGCUUUCGAUCCCUUCGGAUGGGUGGCAUCCAAACUCGAGUGGUUCAUACUAUACGUGCUAGCCAGGGACGAGGAUGGCUUUCUCUCUAAGGAGGCUAUAAGGAGAUGUUAUGAUGGGAGCUUGUUUGAGUAUUGUGCUAAGAUGAAUCUGAGUGCUCAGUCCAAGAUGUAUUGAGCUCAACCUCCUCAUCUGUUCAUUACUACUAUCCAACUCAACUCAUGCACAGCUAAGCUCAGCUCAUGUUUCCUCUGUAAAUUACUGAUAUAUAGAUUGUGCAACCAAGAAGGAACAACAGAAUAAGAGCUUUGGUUGUGUUAAUUUCUUUUCUUGUUUGUCUAGGCUUCUAAAUGUCAUCUAUAUGUAUAUAUGUCUUUAGUUGAGGUAUUUAUAUGCAACAACAUGGUGUUUUGGGUGCUUCAA